UCACUCAAUGCCACCUUGUUUGUUUCCGUUGAGCCUCCAAACCCCAAAAGCCUCCGUGAAGAUGUCACACAGCUUGAGGUCCCUCAGAAGGCUCUUCACUCUCCGCCCCAAACCCUCCUCCUCCGUCAUCUCCACGCGCCGCCACGUCUCCACGGAGACACGCUCCCAGAAGCUGGAGCGCAUCGCUGACGAUCUCCUCCUCCUCGACAGGCUCGAGCGCCACGACUUCUCCGUCCUCUGGAGGCUCAAAUUGGGCCUCGACCGAUUCGCUGGCCCAGCCGCGGAUCUCGGCCCAGUUGGCCCAGCAUCAGGUGCUGGUGGUGCGGGGGCGGAUGCUAGUGCGGGAGCGGCGGCGGAGGAGAAGACGGUGUUCGAUAUAAAGCUGGAGAAAUACGACGCCGCAUCGAAGAUAAAGAUCAUAAAGGAAGUUAGGGCUUUCACCGAUUUGGGGCUUAAGGAAGCGAAGGAUUUGGUCGAGAAGGUUCCUUGCGUCUUGAAGAAGGGUCUCACUAAGGACGAAGCUGAUCCCAUUCUCCAGAAGCUCAAAGAUUUGGGUGCCACUGUUGUAUUGGAUUGAUUCCUAAUUCUUUUUUUUUCUUUUUGGUUGUAGAAUCAUUCAUCACUUGCCUCCAUAGCUUCAUUUUCAUUGAAAUGUGAUGAUAAUGUGUUUUUUAGUUCUCAAAUACAAAAGUUAUAUAAACAUAAUAAGGACUUGGAACGAUAAUGAAUAAUUUUCACUAUACCAGUAAAAAGAAACAUGAACCAACCAUGGUCUAAGUUUAAGAGAGUUUAUUAGUUUAUAUCUCAUUGUUAUUAUUUUCUGAAACAUAUCAGAAAUUUUGUCUCUCAAUAUUAAAGCUGGACCUAGAUGAUAAUCUGUGUUGUUAGAAAUUACUUCACUUCUUGAUAGAUUAGAUGCUUGCAUGGUUCAAUGGUGAUAAAUAAAGGCCUCUAGCUACAUGAAUAUUAGGUUUAUAGGAAACUAAAAAAUUUCUGGGACAUUGAACCUUCUGAAGGACUAACCAAACUUGGAGGAAUUUUGGAUUCGUUGAUCAUAAAAAAAAUCUCUGAUAUUAAUUUUUGAAAAAGCAAUGUUACGUGACUAACAUAUUAUUAUUUUUGGCCAUCACUUAGUCAGCAAUAAUUUACAUCCACAUUUAUAGUAUUUACUAGAGUUUACACACAUGAAUCUAUUUGUGCUGGCCAAAUGAUGACAAAAAAUACUAAAAGUUGCCAGAGAGUUUUUCUAUUUGAAAUAGGCCAUUUUUUCUACGUGCAUAAUUCUUCACAACUUUAAUAGUUCUGUGGUUUGAGAUAUAAUGUCAGGAAUAUCUUAUUUAUCCAGAGAGCAAGAAAGGGAAGCAGAAAAACAAAUUCAGUAAAUGGCGUGAUGGGUUAUUACAGGAGCAAAGUUAAGAAGAACAAAUUAAUCUGAUUAUACAUUGAAAAUUUCAGGUCAUCAAAAAACUUUCAAGAUCUGUCAUAUGUAUGUGUGAAUAGCGAAGAUCCUGGUUCACAACAUAUGGUUGUAUAUACAGACUCAAAGGAUGAACUGAAGUUACUUCUGGGAAAUAUAUUGUUGAAUUUG